AUGAUGGCUGCACCUCCGGGAUUGACUGGUAAGAUCGAGUACCGCUAUUUCACGAAGGAUGGCGGGCCUCCGAACCAAGCAAAGCCUCCCAGUGGACCCCAAUCGUCGCAGUCAGCAUACUCUCCUCCACCGUACUGUCUUCUGCCACCGUACCAAGCACCUGUCUCCUCUCAGCCAGCGCCUGUGUGGAUUCCACCCGCCGCUGGCUUCCCAGGAGCCAUGUGUUUCCCCAACGGAGCACCAACAGCGGCUCCGGGUCCUGGUUGGUUUCAACCUCAGCCUCCACCGCCUGGACCUUCAGCACCUGCUCCAAGUCACCACUUUCCAGGCGCUGUUGCUCAUGCAGCAGCUCAACCGCCCGAACCUCCUGUCAGUGGAAACCGAGUCAAAGACCGACUUGUGGUCUUGAAGGAUAGUGGUGGGACAGGGUAUGUUGCACCGAAGCACAAUGCGACAUUCCAUCUGUUCAACCACAACGUCCUCAACAAAUACCGGCUCAACUACAGCAAUCAGUUCUACAUACCACCCGAGAUCUGCGAGCCAUUCCGCGUCAUGUCUGCUCCAUGCUCAAUGAAGAUUGAAGAACUCAUUGAACAGUUGGACUGUGUCAAGGAUGCGCCUGCCUUUUACCCCCGUCAUUUGAUUGGCAUUGCAGAGGCAUUCGACUGCGGCAACGGAUGGUUCCAGCUUGGCUCCAGGAUUCAUCUCGAGGAGGGCAAAGACUCGAUGACCAUCAAAGAUCUAUGGGGUGAGAAUGUCGGCGAAGCAGGAGAGACCAGGCCACGAUACUUGAUCCGAUUGCCAGGCAAAUGCGCUUGA